AAUAGCGCCAUGUGGGGGUUUUUUAUCUGCUUAAACCCUAAACCCUCAUUGUGGCCCUUGAACCCAAACAGAGUUUCAAACCCCCAGAGAAGAAAACCUUAAGUCUGUUAACAGAGGCAAUGAUCAUAUGCCGCUCAGCUUCAAUGCUCCAUUUCUACAGCUCAUCAGCCACCCCAAAACUCCUCCCUCAUUUCAGGCGAUGUUCUUUUCUCUCUACGUCUUCGCCAUCUCCUCUUUCUUCGUCCCCUCCAAUCCGUUUAAUUUGGCUCAAUCAGUCCAGCAGGCGCCGAACCAGGGCCUUCAGUAGCGCCGCUGUUGCUGUCGCUGUUCCGAAGAAAAUUGGGACCGAUACCUUCUUUGCUGAAGAGAGUGUUUCGUGGAAGUCUCUGGGGUUAUCUCAUCGGAUCUCUCAAGCUCUCUCUAAUGCCGGUUUCCACAGACCCUCUCUCGUUCAGGCUGCCUGUGUACCAUCUAUACUCUCUGGAAAAGAUGUGGUAAUUGCAGCAGAAACUGGUAGUGGUAAAACACAUGGUUAUCUAGUUCCCCUGAUUGAUAAGCUCUGCAGUGCUCGCCAUGAUGGGAAUAAUGAUUCCAAGGCAGCAUCUGCUCCUUCACAUAGCUUUUCUAUUGUUCUUUGCCCAAAUGUAUUGCUUUGCGAUCAAGUGGUUCGAAUGGCUAAUGGUCUUUCUGGAGGUAAUGGUGAACCACUUCUCAGAGUUGCAGCGGUCUGUGGUCGUCAGGGUUGGCCAGUGAACAAACCAGAUAUUAUUGUGUCAACCCCAGCUGCUCUUCUGAACAAUAUAGACCCCAAGGAAAUUCAUCGUUCGGAUUUCAUUCGUGGUAUAAAAUACGUGGUUUUUGAUGAGGCAGAUAUGCUUCUCUCUGGGGGCUUUCAUAAUCAUGUUAUCCGUCUUAUACACAUGCUCCGUUUUGAUGAAAAGCUUUUGUCUCGGAUGAAUAAAUCUGGAUCUGAGAACCCUGUAGAACUGAAUUCCGAUUCUCUGUCACACUUUAACUUUGAGAGUGAGGAAGACAUACAAAACCAAUCUUUCUCUGAAGCAGAGGAAAUUUCUGAGGAUGAUGUUGAUGCUGAGGACUUGAAGGAAGAAACUAAAACUUGGCCUGUCAAGAAAAAAGACUGGAGGAGAGUGAGAAAAAAUUAUGAACGCAGUAAGCAGUACAUAUUUGUUGCUGCUACCCUUCCAGUUAAUGGAAAGAAAACUGCUGGUGCGGUGUUGAAAAAAAUGUUUCCAGAUGCCAACUGGGUUAGUGGAAACUACCUCCAUUAUCACAACCCUAGAUUGAAGGAGAAAUGGAUUGAAGUCACAACUGAUACACAGGUCGAUGCACUAAUAGAGGCUGUAAAGCAAUUUAACUCAAAAGCAUUGGAUCAUGGUGCUGUUGUCAGUCGAACCAUGGUUUUUGGUAACACUGUUGAGGCUGUUCAAGCAGUGGCUAAUAUACUCCAGAGGGCUGGGAUUGAGUGUUACUGUUACCAUAAGGACCUCUCUUUGGAAGAGCGUGCUGAGACCUUAGAUCAUUUCCGAGAGAAAGGUGGAAUUUUUGUGUGCACAGAUGCUGCUGCUCGUGGUGUUGACAUUCCAAAUGUCUCGCAUGUCAUCCAGGCAGACUUUGCCACUUCUGCUGUAGAUUUCUUGCAUAGGGUUGGUCGCACAGCACGGGCUGGUCAAUUUGGAGUUGUUACAAGCCUCUACACUGAAUCCAACCGGGAUCUUGUUAAUGCAAUUCGUACAGCUGGGAAGCUGGGUCAGCCUGUGGAAGCGGCCUUUAGCAGGAAAAGAAGUUUCCGAAACAAGCUUAAGAAGAGAGGUUCAAACAGUGCCAGGGAUCAACUUGUGAAUUGAUGGUGUAAGAAACAUGGUACAUAAAGGAGAAUAGAUAGCCAUUGAUUUUUUAAAUUA